UCUCUUCGGGUAUCCUGUGGAUUGUUGCUUGCCGCCAUUGUUGUUCAAUAGAAAUUUGCUUUUUUAAAUAUUUUUGUCUGGCGUUCUGCAAAGAAAAUUCAACUUGGUGCAAAGUAAAGAGUGCUAUCUUUCAUGAUAGUUAUUUUUACCAAGGGGUAGUCGAUUUUAGAGUAUUUUGACGCCAAAACAUAAAGUACCAGCUUGUAGCACAUGGUCAAGAAUUUUAAUUGGUCUUCCGGUAUUUUUCUACCAAAGUAUUGUUUACCGAGAAGAAACUUAUUUAUGGUCUAUGUAGCAGAGGUUUUGGACUCGUGAAAUGGAGAACGGCAGUUAGAUUUAACUUCUUAAAAGUGUUUCCUCCUUUUGCCAUGACGACUUGCGAAGUUAUGAGUUCACAAACUGAACAAUUUUGUCAAGACUCCAAUGUCAUCGCGAGCAAACUAGCUAACGAUUUGGAUGCAAAGCUAACGUCCUCUUCAAAACAAGUUCUUCUACAAAGGAUUGAAUUCAAAGCAGCCUCAAAGCCAGAUGAACAAUAUGAAAGGCUAAAGAAAAAAUACAAAGCUUUGAAUCAAAAUGCUUCACUUGUGAAUGGAAAGGACAAGAGUCAUGUUCAUAUGAAUGGCACAAAACAAGAUGAUCUUCCAGAGCCUAAGCUAGUUUUAUGUAAUCCUGAUAAGAUUUCACUUCGAUGGAGUAAAAUGAGACGGGUUGGUCCUGGAUUAAGUAACCUUGGUAACACAUGUUACUUAAACUCAGUUAUUCAAGUUCUCACCUACACUGCACCCCUGGUAAACUUUUUGUCAACACAGGAGCACACAAGGGAAUGUAGAGCAGUUGGAUUUUGUAUGAUGUGUGAACUACAGCGUCAUGUCCUCAGAUCCUUUAACCAUCACCAAAAUGAAUCCAUCAAACCACAGGCCAUCAUACAGAAACUUAGAUGUAUUGCUAAACACUUGAGGUUUGGACACCAAGAAGAUGCCCAUGAAUUCCUUCGUUAUGUCAUUGAUGGAAUGCAAAAGAGUUGUCUUCAUGGCUAUGAAAAAUUAGAUAAAGCUUCCAAGGAAACAACUGUCAUUCAUAGAAUUUUCAGUGGAUACUAUAGAAGUCAAGUACGUUGUCUGAUGUGUCACAAUACAUCCAGUACUUAUGACCCUCUUAUGGACAUCAUGCUUGACAUUAAGCAAUCACCCACAAUUGUACGUGCACUACAGCGGUUAUGCAAGGCAGAGCUCUUGGAUGGAGAUAACCUAUACUAUUGCUUAAAGUGUAAAAAGAAAGUUCCUGCCCAUAAACAAGUUUUAAUACACAGACCUCCAAAUGUUUUGACUGUUCAACUGAAAAGAUUUGAUUCAAAUCACAUCUUUGGAGGAAAAAUAACAAAAUCUGUAGAAUAUGCUGAAUAUCUUGAUUUAAGGCCAUUUAUGACAUCAAAGGGUGGUCCAGUAAAGUACAAGCUUUAUGGUGUACUAGUGCAUUCUGGGUAUUCCAGUAAUUCAGGUCAUUACUACUGCUAUAUCAGAAGUUCUAACAACAUGUGGUAUAACAUGAAUGAUUCAGUGGUACGACAAGUUGGAUUGAAUGCUGCUCUCUCUCAGCAAGCAUAUCUUUUAUUUUAUAUUAAAAUGGCUGACAACAUCUCACAUCAGGGGGGGAAAGGUAUUUCAUCCUUAUCAACAAAGUCUGCUGAGACAGCACAACCUGGGCAAAAGAACAUUAAAGAAAAUGACUAUGGAACUGCAGUUUCUCGAAGUGCACAACCUAAAUUUCCAAACACCUUCAGUGGACCAACCACUCCAUCAAAGCCAUCUCCAUCGAUUAUUACUACUGAGCAGAGACCCAAAUUGAGCUUCGCUAUCAAAAGCCCAACAGUGUUUGUUAAAAGCAAAAAUGAGAACAAAGUCCUGCAAGGUGAACAGUCAUCGAAGCUAAAUGGCAAACAGGUUGACAAUGACAAAAACUCUAAGAAGGACCAAAAUAAAGUAGAAUGUAAGACUUUGAAUGAAAAGGAAACAACAAAUUCUAUAGACUUAAAACCCCCUGAACCUGUUAAGGUCAGCCUUCCUGUAAAAAAAGAUGAGAAAAAGUCCUCACCAACAAAGAAUGUACGACCACCUCAGCUGUUCAUUCCAAGAAGUGUUCAGGCCAGAAGCUCAGUCAGUGAAACAAAAUCACUGGAUGACAAAAAUGUUUCUAAAACAACUCCUGUAAAAGCUACUACUCCAUGGAAAGUAACUUCUCAGACUUCCAACAACUGUUUCACAUAUGGUCCAAUGUCCCCACCCCCCAAGGGAACUCCUUUACCACAACCUUCACCAUCAUCUGUUACUUCUGAUGGAAGCAGCACAUCCAGUAAAACAGCUAAGACAGGAGACUGGGCUAUUAAAGACAAACGUAUUCCUACUCCUGGACCCAUUCUUCCUGAGAGACAACAUGCAGGCUGGACUGUGAGUGCAAAGUCCGAAAUUGAAAAAUCAGAAGACGAGGAGAGCUGGGUAGAAGCAUAUGAUGAUGCAAGUAAGAAAUCAAAGAAAAAACAAAAGAAAGACAAAAGAAAAGACUCAAAAAAAUACCACAAAUUAGAUGAUGAAAAAGAAGCUGAUGGAGACGAAGCUAAAGACGAAGAGAAUAAUAAACAAAAUUCAGAUAAAGAGAACAAGAAGAAGCACAAGAAAAAGAAAAAGAAGAAAGGAAAAAACAAAAGAGACAGUGACAAAGAAGAACUUCUGAGGGGCAAAUCAUCAGACGAUGAGUCAUCAAAAGAAAAGCAAAAUAAAAGGAAAAAGAGCAGCCAUAAAGGAGAAUCAAAACGGCAACGGUUAGUUGAUUACACUAGUGACGAUAGCUCUGAUUGCAUUGAUGACCAGAACAAUAACAGAACAGAAAAUACUAAAGAGAUGCAUAAGAAAAACAAACCAGAUGUUCCAGUCGUUGUUUAUGAUGGUGAUCAAAGAGACAAAACCUCCUGCAAAGGCACAUGGGAUGGUUCUCGUGACAGUUCAACGGUCAACAAACUCCUUAAAGGAAGCAGUGGUGUAUUUGGCUAUGGUGACAAUGUAACAACAUGGGAAGGAGGCCAUAGUUUGGUUAAUGUUGAGAAGAAUGAAAGGAAAAGAGAACGAAGUCGUGACUCAUGGGAUCAGGAGCUGGAUAAAGGAAAGGUAAAAAAAGUCAAAGAUAAAAGCAAGCAGGAAAAGUUUUCUGGGACUAACCUUUUCCAGAGAGAACAUGACAGACGCAGCAAGAAGGGUUUAGUUGAUCAGGCAUCAAGUCAUUUUACAAGACGUCAUUCAUCUUCACACUCACGUACACACUCAAACCGAGGGUACCGCAGGAUAUAAAAUCAUAUUACUAUAUCAAUUUAACUUGUAAUGUAUUAUACAACUGCAAUGAUUCAUUUUGAAUAUAAAAAAUCCUUAAGUCAUAAAUCAGACAUCCAGCAUUCUUUUCACAUCUCAGUUGUUGGAUUGAUCAUUUUAUGCAUUCUAUAUUAUAAAUUGCAAUGUUAACAGACUUUUUAAGCACCAUAUGCAAAUUUCCCAUUUUGGAUCAUGUGACAUCCUUUGACAGCUGAAUCUGAGUUAGCUCACCUAAGUGUUUGAAAUGGGAAAAAUAUUGAGCUAAAAGGUUUAUGAUUAACUAUUCUUUCAAGUUUGUAUAUUUCAUGUAAAUAAUAUUCACUCUUACCUACACCGAUCAAAUUUUACUUUUAUUCAACCAUUUCAAAGUAGACUGGUCACUGACAAAAGAAAAAAGAAUACAGGCGAUAUUUUAUUUCAAGACAUACCAUUGUUAAACAUUUGAAUAAAAACUGAAUUAAAUUGGAAAGUGAGAAAAAUGGUUUUGUUUAAUUUGAUCUUGAAAUGAAUUAUGACAAUCUUUCAAUGACUGUAAAGUAUUCUGAUAUGCUGUAUUUAUGCUCUUGUUUCAUCAUAUGGCAUUGGCAGUUUGCAUUGGAUGAAUUUUGUAUGUUAGUAAUUAAUAAAGGAAAUUAAAUAUGAAA